GUCUCAACAAAAAGAUGGGUUGCCAAAGACUUCUCAAUCUUGGAAACCAACUGUUUCGCCGGAAAGUUGUGGAUUGUAGCAGAGAAGAGAGCAGGCUAUCAAGGUGCCUCAACACUUUUGACUUGGUAGCUCUUGGUGUAGGUAGCACACUUGGUGCUGGUGUCUAUGUACUGGCUGGAGCAGUGGCACGACAAAACUCAGGACCUGCAAUUGUUAUCUCUUUCUUGAUUGCUGCAUUGGCUUCUGUGUUGGCUGGACUUUGUUAUGGAGAAUUUGGUGCUAGAGUUCCAAAGACUGGAUCUGCUUAUCUCUAUAGCUAUGUGACUGUGGGUGAGCUGUUGGCAUUCAUCACUGGAUGGAAUUUAAUUCUUUCUUAUGUGAUUGGAACAUCAAGCGUAGCAAGAGCAUGGAGCGCGACAUUUGAUGAACUGACAGGCAAACAUAUUGAGCUCUUCUGCCAAAAGCACAUGACCAUGAACGCUCCUGGGGUGCUAGCGAAAUAUCCAGACAUCUUCUCUGUUCUCAUCAUCUUCAUCUUAACAGGGCUUUUAUCUUGUGGAGUGAAAGAAUCUGCAUUGGUUAACAAAAUAUUCACCUGUAUCAAUGUUCUCGUCCUGGGCUUCGUUAUGGUGUCCGGCUUCGUGAAGGGAUCAAUCAAAAAUUGGAACCUCACCAUCGAUGACAUCUAUAACAUGUCCAACACUUCAUUUCGAGACAAUCAAACACAGAUAGGAUAUCUGGAGCAUGGUGUUGGAGGAUUUAUGCCCUUUGGAUUCAAUGGAGUCCUAUCAGGGGCAGCCACGUGCUUUUACGCCUUUGUAGGAUUUGACUGUAUUGCCACCACAGGUGAAGAAGUGAAAAACCCGCAGAAAGCCAUUCCCAUUGGCAUCGUCGCCUCGCUCCUGAUCUGCUUCGUCGCUUACUUUGGCGUGUCGGCUGCCCUCACACUCAUGAUGCCCUAUUACUUGCUUGAUGCAAACAGUCCUUUACCCAAUGCAUUCCAAUACGUGGGCUGGGAGGGUGCCAACUAUGCAGUGGCCGUUGGUUCACUUUGUGCCCUUUCUACUAGCCUUCUUGGCUCUAUGUUUCCAAUGCCUCGAGUAAUUUAUGCGAUGGCAGAAGAUGGACUAUUGUUUAGAUGUUUGGCUACAGUCAACAAAAGGACCAAAACCCCAGCAAUAGCUACAGUUACUUCAGGGGCUGUUGCAGCUGCCAUGGCAUUUCUAUUUGACCUGAAAGAUCUUGUCGAUCUCAUGUCCAUCGGGACCCUGCUGGCCUAUUCCUUGGUGGCAGCCUGCGUAUUGGUACUGAGGUACCAGCCGGAGCAGCCUAACCUGGCAUACCAGAGGGCUAAUAACACAGACGAGGCAGACACCAAUGAGUCUGCGAGCACCACUGAAUCACAGGCUGGGAUUCUGCCUGAAGAGGAGAAAUGUUCCCUAGCAGCCAUUCUGUGUCCCCAAAACAAAGAUCCCACCAGGUUCUCUGGUUUGGUGGUUAACGUCUCAUCUUUCAUCAUAGGGUGUCUUAUCAUCCUCUGCUGUAGCUUGACUGUCCUUUGCAAAGACGCCCUGAUGGAGAUUGGGUGGGCUGUCGUGAUUGCCGGACUUGUUCUCCUUUGCCUCUUUGUGGGUUUAGUUAUUUGGAGACAACCUGAAAGCAAAACCAAGCUCUCGUUUAAGGUACCUCUUUUGCCUUUCCUUCCUAUUCUGAGUAUUUUUGUGAAUGUUUAUCUGAUGAUGCAGCUGGACAAAGGGACUUGGAUACGGUUUGCUGUCUGGAUGUUCUUGGGUUUUGUCAUUUACUUUGCAUAUGGAAUGAGGCACAGCGUGGAAGCUGCGUAUUCAGCACCACCAGAUCCAGAAACAAAUACGGACACCGACUUGGACAGCUGUAAAUGAUAGUGUGUUCGGCCAAAGAGCAGCCCAGCAGUCGCCUCAGACGAGGAAGCUUCAUCUCGGGGACCCUGAAUCACUUCCUCCGUUAAUCAGCGAAGCAGAGGGUGGAAUUCCCAGCCACGCUUGCUGCAACUUGCAGCUUGCUUUAUUUUGGUGAUGCAGUUAAAAGGGAUCACAAGGAAAACGCCAUGCCUCUGGGACACUCCCAACCACGCUGUUCCCCGAGGCUGCCAGCGCUGUCUCCUCUUUCAAAAUAUUUGUAGAAAGAAAACAGCUCCUCUGUGUGCCAGUUAACCUUCAGUGCUGCUCUGAGACGAGGCCUCAUGAAAGUCCUUCUUUCCGUAGCCCUGUGAAUUAACUCCUCAGCUAUUCCACUUGCUUUUAAGCGGAGCAGACGCUGCGGUGCUGAUGCUAUUCCUAGCUCAGAUCUUUGGUUCACAUGAUGUGGGCUGUAACAUACGCACAUGCGCGCGCACACAUACACAUGCGCGCGCGCACACCUCUCACCCAAAAUAAUUUCCCCUCUGGUUAAAAAGUGUCUACAAGGAGUUAAAUUGUAAAGAAGAGCAGCAGGUGGCAUUAUUUUACUUGCACUUAACUUCUGACUAGGUGCUUGUAUACUUGGAAAUGUAACUUUGCUGCGAUGUUUAGGGGAGCUGCUCUUAAGCUGAAUUCCUUUAUGCAGCUAGUGCAACAAAUGCUUCUGUGCAUAACAGAUCCCACCGCUCACAAGAGGGGCUUCUAGCUGUAGCUGUGGAACCGUGAGGUAUAAGUAGCUCAGUGGUGCCAGGCACAGGUUCUCCAAAGAGCUUU